AUGUUACCAAGUAAUAAACUGCUUGGUUUGGCCAUUUUAGGCCUACUCGCCUCAGUCAACGCAGCAGCAACAACAACUGAUCCUUGCGCUCACAUUGCUGGAAAUAAAACCGCUAGCUUUCAAGACGCAAAGGCUUGUCUAGACUACUUUAAAUACGAUAAAGACAUUGCUCAGCAAACUGUGGAUACUGUCAGAAAAGUGACAAAUGAACUCUAUGUUUUCAAUGAUGUUGCUGCUUCUCCUCCCACAGUAGAAGGUUUAGCAAUUACUGCUGUAAACAUUUCUUACGGUCUAGAUUUGAUCCUCAAAGAAGACUGGAAAUCAGACAGAGAGUUUCAAGAAGCCGUUGCAUUAUUGCUGGAUAAAGUGCAAGACGCACAUUUGUCAUAUUCACCAUUCUGUUAUCGUCAAUUCAUUUUCUGGCAACCUAUUCAACUCAACGCACUUUUAAGAAACAAAAGAUUGGUUGCUAAUGUCGCCUAUGUCAAGAACGAUGUAUGGCCAGAGGCAAAAGAAUCAUGGGUUGGCUGUGAGGUCACCGAAAUUGAUGGAUCAGAAGCAAUGGACAUGAUUGUCAACUAUGCUGUCAACAACAACGGCGAGAGUAAAGACGCCAACACUUGUUUCAACAACAUCAUGAACACAAAGAGUUACUUUCACGGUUGGGAUGACGGUGCUGAUGAUUUAGGCUAUCAUCGUUUCUUGCCUGCUCAAGAAUUCCACAACUAUACCAUGCGCUGUCCCAAGAGUGGCACCUUACCCAUCCAAGAAGAAUAUGAUGCCCCAUUCACCGUUCAGGUACCUUGGAUUGCUCAAGUGCCUCCCAGCUUUCAAACUGCUGACAACUACUGGUCCACUUUCUGUCAAUCUGCUCAUCAAAACGACCACAAAAACAUCACCAAGCGAACAAUUCACUAUGAUCUUCACGAGCUCAAGACAAUCCAUGAAGGUGAAGUCUUUGCAUUGAACUCUGACGGUGUCAAUGUAGCAUCAAAUGCUGUGGGCAACAGCCGUGGUCCCUACAUUGAGUUUAUCCAAUUAACCGGUGAAAACGAGAAAGUGGGUGUCAUUGAUAUCCAAAGCUUCUCUAUUGCUUCUGAAGAUAGACAAGCAUUCACCGAUGACUUCAUUGCAGGCCUCGAAAACUUUGAAGCCAAGGGCGUCGAGAAGAUCAUCCUGGAUCUCUCUUCCAACGGUGGUGGUGAUGCCUGUGCUGGUGAAUUCCUCAUUAGCACUUUUUUUAACUCUACCCCUGAUUACCCUUCUGAUGUCAAAUACUCUCCCUUCUUGGAGCGUGUCAUUGAAAAGGCUUAUCAACAAGAAAAUACCAAAUGGUUGGAUUACAAGUCCUCUGGUUACGAUGGAAGCUCUUGGUUCACCAAGACAAAGGAAUAUACCCGUGGUAAGAAUACUGUCAAGUUCUCUCAGCCUGUCUCCCUGAGCUGCGAUGGCUGGCAAGAUACUAUUAGCACCAAGAAAUAUCACAACACGAAAUGGAAGUCUUCUGACGUCCUGAUUCUAUCUGACGGUCGUUGUGGUUCUACAUGUGCUAUCGUUGCAUCGCGUCUUCGUUUGUCUCAUCAAGUGCCUGCGAUGGGUUUGGGUGGAAUUCGUGGUAACCGCAUGCAGUUUGCUUCUUUCCCAGGCGGAGAGAGCGAUCGUCUAUCCAGCUUCCUGAUGGAUUUGGAAAUUUUGGAUAUGGCUAAUGACCCAGAUGCCCCUGCUCCCUUCCCUGAGCGUGCCGAUAUGGGUUGGACCUUUAGAGAAGUCUACAAGCCUUCUAGCUCUUUCAAUGGUCAAGAAACCGACCUCUUGGAGUACAGUGCUAUCAACGCUGACUGUAGAAUCUAUUUUGAUGACAAUAACGCUGAUGAUAUCAAAAAACUUUGGGCUGAUGUUGCCAAGGUUGUGUUAGCGGGGCAAUGUCCACUUGUCAAUGAUGUAUAG